AUGGUCGGAGAAUUUGCACACGUUCAGCCGGACAAUGCCGAGAUUGAGCGAUCUGUGCUUUCGCAGGAGGUGGAGGCGCUUCGAAACCGCCUCGGACUGCGUCAAGUGGACGUUUCGAAGGAAUGUGGCGUCAAUGCCAGUAUGCUGUCGCAAUGGAUGCUGGGCAGGUAUAAAGGGAACGUUGGUCGAAUCAACGGACUGAUGGAAUCUUGGCUGAUUCGACGACGAGGAGGAAAGCCCAUGGACAAGGGCAUGAUGCUGUUCACUUCGACUACCAGCUCUCCAAAAUUAAAGCGGAGGUUGGAGGAAAUGAACGAUCCAUUGCAAGCAGUUAGAAGGAAAGAAAGUAUUAUUUUGGCACAGCGGAAGCUGUACAAUUACCCUCAGUUUCCGACACGCGAUGAAUUAUUAAUCCCUAUCCGACUCGAUAUAGAUAUCGAAGGUUAUCGGUUCAUCGACUCUUUCUCAUGGAAUUUGCACGAGAAAGAGUUUACUUUUGAGACCUUUGCGGCGGCAUUGGUGCGUGACUUGGAUCUUCCAAAUUGUUUUUACCAGCGUAUAACGAAAUCAAUCCAAGAGCAAGUGCAUAAAGCUCAGGCGGUUCUUCCGUGGCACGAGGCUGUUACUGGCGAGAGCUUACAUCCGAUUUAUAUCAACUUACGACUAUGUGAUACCAUUUACACUGAUCGUUUCGAGUGGGAUCUGAACAAUACAAGCAACUCUCCAGAGCGGUUUGCCCAGGUCGUAUGUGAAGACUUGGGCUUGAGUGGCGAAUUUGAAGCCCAAGUGGCACUAUCGAUCCGCGAGCAGCUACACGAUUACUCAAAACUCAUUCGAGAAGGUUUCAAAGAUAAAGUAUCUCAAUUACCAUCUGUCACUGCUGUGUUCCGCGAUCGCCUUGAUGUUGAAGUAUGGGGUCCUUCAGUGAAGUAUAUCUUAGCGGACGACAUCCCACAGCUCGAGCGGGAAGACUUUAAGCGGAUGCGACCAUUAUCCCGCCCUACGAUACACCUGAUGCCACCGCCGCUUCCGAUAGCAAAGCCAAAUCGACCACCUAAGCCAGUGAAUACGUUUCUGAUGUUUUGCAGACAAAACCGAAAAAAAGUUAUGGCAGAUCACCCCGCUGCCAGUGCUAAAGAUGCAUCUAAAAUUCUUGGAGAUAUGUGGCAAAAGCUUUCCGAGAAAGAACGAGCUAGCUAUAUUCCCAUGACAGAGAUUGAAAAUCAGCGGAGAAUGAAUGAGUGGCGGAUGAAGGAAAACGCUUUGAACGGCAUUCAUACCACUCUUAGGGGCGGCAUGGCUGUCGCAACCUCUGCAGCAAUAGCCACACAGAAUCAAGUCAACUCUGUCUCUCAUUCAGGUUCGAUGCUUUUGGCUUCCCAGAUGACACCUGAAUUGGAUGAUGCUGAUGCUGAUGAAGACGAAGACGAGGAAGACGAGGAUGAGGAUACUAAUGGUGGCAUUCUUAUUUGA